AGAGCGCGCUACGGCAGAAUUCCGGGCGGUUUUCGGUAGACAGUUGGGUCCGGCCAGUCAGUGGUUACGGGCCGACAUGUUGGAGAUGUUUCAGUGAUCGGUGAGCGCGGUGGAUCUGACGCGUGAUUUUUCAUGCGUUUUUAUCGCGUGUCCGUUACAAGAGGUGUAUCCCGAUCGCGACGCUACAUGUGAAGUGUCGAGAGUGUGACAAGCCUGCUGCUCGUGCCUGGUUUACCCGGCCCAGCAAACAUGAGCUGGGGUACAGAACUCUGGGACCAGUUCGAGAAUCUAUCCCUGCACACGCAAAAAGGGAUAGAGUUCCUCGAAAGGUAUGGCCACUUUAUUCGCGACCGAUGCGCCAUCGAGGUGGAGUACGCCGCGAAGCUCAGACGUCUCGUGAAGAGCUAUCAACCCAAGAAGAAGGAGGAGGAGGAUUAUCAGUACAGCCCCUGUCGGGCAUUCAAGAUGGAAUUGAACGAGGUGAACGAUCAGGCGGGUCAGAGAGAAGUGAUCGCGGAGAAUCUUCAGGCGAACGUGUUGAGGGAGUUGAACAUCCUCGUGAAAGACUUCAAGGAGGAUCGUAAAAAGUACCUUCAAGAGGGCGCCAGAUUGAUGACGACCCUGACCGGUCAGAUCGGGAAUCUGGAACGCGCCAGGAAGGCCUACGAGAAGGCAUUCAGGGAGGCGGAAAGGUCCGUCGAGAAUUAUCAGAGGGCGGACGCGGAUCUUAAUCUUUCGAGGGCGGAAGUCGAGAAACAGAGGAUGAACAUGACGUUGAAAACACAACAGAGCGAGGAGGCCAAGACGGAGUACGCGAAUCAAUUGCAGAAAACAAACGACAUGCAGACGCUGCACUAUCACACGGCCAUGCCAGAAGUGUUUCAACACCUUCAGGAGCUGGACGAGAAACGGAUAAAGAACAUGCGAAACUAUAUGUUGAAGUCUGUGGAAAUCGAACGAGCGGUGGCGCCGAUAAUCGCCCAGUGUUUGGGCGGUAUCGAGAAAGCGGCGAACGUGAUCAACGAGAAAGAAGACACGAUGCUGGUGAUCGAGCGUUACAAGAGCGGUUUCCAACCGCCGGGCGAUUUCCCGUUCGAGGAUCUAUCCGUGGCUAAAACGUACGACAGCAAUAGUCAGCUGUCGCAGCCGGUGAUGCAGCCGAUACACAAUCACCAUUUGACGGUGAAGGGCACCGUUUCCGGCGGCAAGAUCAAAAAGAGGGUCGGGAUUUUCGGGAUAUUCAGUAGCAACAAGGUAAAUAAGUUGAUCGAGGCGUGCAUAGCUUUAAAGAAUAACGUGCCUGGGUAUGGCGACGGGGCGAAGGAGGACUGCAGCGAUUUGCCGCCGAACCAGCGCAAAAAGCGAUUGCAACAAAGGCUCGACGAAAUACAGGCGAAGAUUCAACAGGAAACGGCGGCCAGGGACGGUUUGAUGAAGAUGAAGGGCGUGUACGAACAGAAUCCGGCGUUGGGCGAUCCAAUGAGUAUAGAGGGUCAAUUGAACCAAUCGGGCAACAAGCUGGACAAACUCGGCGCGGAGCUGGCAAAGUUCCAAGGUUAUCUCGAGGAAGCAAUGCGCGCCGGCGUCAGUUUAUCCAGUCCCAGUCAAGCGCCACGGAAACCGACCAGCAACGGAUCCGCAACGAGGCCGUUGAGCUCAAGAAGAUCCAGUCACUCGGGUGGGGAGGAGAGUCUUUCAAGAUCAGCGUCCGAUUCCAGCGUGAGCAACGCGAACGCCAAUCAACCGACGCACAAGAAGAGCGCUCCGGGCACCCCUCAACCCACGCACGGUUCCACGAAUAGCCCGGAAUCUGGCCUUGGGGAAUCGAGGACGUCUCUUCCUGGUAGCGGCGGCGAGGAGUAUUAUGUCGACGAGAUCGAUGCUCAACCACCAUUGGGAACGUGUAGGGCUCUUUAUCCUUUCGAUGCGACCAGCGAAGGUUCCAUACCUAUGUACGAUGGAGAAGAGUUGUACAUGAUCGAAUUAGAUCAAGGGGAUGGCUGGACGCGCGUACGACGUAUAUCUCAACCGAUCGAGGGCUUUGUACCUACAUCUUACAUAGAGUGUCAUCUCUAUAACACUUAGCCACUUCUCUUAGGACGUUAAACAAUCACGAAGUGGAAAGCUUCAAAGAGGAAGGUCAUUGAUGCUAUUGGUUCAAUACGGUACAUUGGACGAUAAAAGAUAGCGAUCUUGCGUGAUUUCUACCAGUCGAGGGUCAUGUGUUGGUCGAUCGGCACAGGAUUUCGGGGAUAUUCCGUUGUUAAAUCGUGGGCCUAAACGUUAAUGGACGAUUUUCGAACGAAGAUUAUUAAUAUGUGCCAACGUGGUUACGUUUAGUCAAUUACGUCCCAACACACUUUCCUCGGUUUUUCCAUCAGCUUAUCGAACAUGGAUAAAGAAACGUAAAACGCCGUUUCACGUUCCGGGAUCUGGGUUACGUCGAGUGAAUCGAUCGCUGACCUGAACUUAAUUAAUUCCGAAUAGGAUAUAAAAGAUCGGUACGGUUAUUUAGAGUGACGUUACGUCCGACCGUUGAAAGGGUUCGAUCGUACGCGCCGUUCGAUAUUUGCUGAAGUACGGUACAGUUUUCUAUGAAAAAAAAGCACGCCCCCACCGAUCGCUUCGGUGGACCCUGGAAAUGUGCCUCUGUACUUUAGUCGUGCACAAGCGAACAAUUUGCAGCUCUACUAAAGAAAGUGACUAGUUUUCAUCUAUGUAAUAUGUGCUCCGCCUACACGUCACACAGAAAUUGCGAUUGUUGUAACCUGCACGAGUUUUUAUCUACCUUAUUUUUAUUUUUUUUUUUUAUGGUAUCAACUCGAUUGUAAAGCAGAAGACUCACGAUCGUUGCCGAGGGUCAAGAAACUGUAACGUCUCGUAAAAGUAAAACACGGGUACGGACACGAUGACGGAAAUCUAUUAUUUUUUUUCUGCGUUUCUUGGCUUUGCCGGCGACGAGGAGCGUGGUGCCGCUACUUUACAAUUUACUUCGAGUCGUUAUUGUUUUCUAUCGUUGUGUUAGCUCAUUAAUCGACGUGUUUGUUUUAACCGUAAAUGGAAGGUGAUUAGGUCGGUGCUCUGUACAGCAAGUAGAUUCCGAACAUUGGUCGGCCAAGUUUCGUUUUCUAUGGUGUUGCCUGGAUGUGAAUUUAGUUAGGAUACAUUUGUGUACAUACUGCAAGGGAUAUGGGAGGAAGAAUGGGAGCGAGUGGUACGUGUGCGAGUGCCAGAUUCGACGUAUCGCGCGAAGCGACGGUGUUUGCUUUUUCAUACGCGUGGGCAUGUGGGAAACAACGGCGUUUGCUAUUUUCUUUAAAAAAAAAACGCCGCUGUUUCCUCGCGUUUGGAGGUGAAGUUCCAGCUACCGCCGUUACUGAUGCCUAGAUUCGUCCUAGAUUCGAUUGCGAUGUAUCGAGAUCGUUUAGUCGUAUAUAUUAUCGCGUAUUAAAAAAACUAUGUAUAUGUAUAUAAUUAUAUAUAUGAUACUAUAAUCACUCAUUAAAAAAAAGGAAUGUAGCUUCGGUAUAUAAGAUACACAAAUACGCAAAUUAAAUGAAAGAGAUAAUUCGGUGGCCCUCGCCUCUGCCGUAGCUGCUGCCAGUUUGUUCGCCGUGAUUAUUCGCUGCGAACGACGUAUACAAUUUUAUCGUUAAGCAUUGCUGCGUUUCGAAUGGCCAUGCCAGCGCGCGCGCGACCCACGGAGGACGUUUUUCUUUUUUGUAUUUAUCGUUAGGUCGCGAGACGGUCGAUACGCCUGAGAAUCGAUAACAGCCGAUAGUCACUUUUCAUGCGCAGCAAACGACUUCGACCGGGAAUGAACUUUUUGCUGGUGCAAACCGAUUGUUAACACGUGUUGUUACAAUCACUUUGCGAGAGUGAAACGGGAAUCGCUAGGUAACGAUAGAAGUAACGAAAAAAAAAAAGGAAAGAAAGUCCGUAUGUCUACCUUAAUUCUUAACAUUAAACCGCGUCCAUUCUAUGUAUAUUUUGUGAUUUUAUAUCCAUGAACAAGUAUUGUAGAUAAUUAACUCUGUGACUCAUUAUACGUUUAAUUAUUAUUAUUAUUAUUAUUAUUAUUAAUAUUGAAAAAAUAUAGGUACUA